AUGCCACCUCGCACACGAACACAGUCCUCGGGCGCGACGUCGGCACGCUCGACGCGCUCAGGUGCCUCCCGCCGCUCGGGCGAGUCGACGGACGCGUCAUCCGUCGACCUGAGCGCGUCAACGCGUGCUUCGUCCGUCUCUGUGUCGGCGUCUGCAUCAGGGUCGGCCUCUGGCUUCAACAGCUACGGCUCCUCGCCGACACCCACAGAAGGCGCGCCGCUCGUGCCGACGACAACGCCCGUCGACAUGGGCCUCGCUUUCGGCUCGGGCUCUGGCGGUGCCUCCCUCGACGCGCUCUACGCGCCAACAGCCACCUACGUCAACCUCGUGCACAUGGACCAGAUGGCGCAGUACCUGCAGGCGCCCGAGACGCAGCAGAGCCUCGACACGCUGCUGGCCGUUGUGAAGGUGCGGACGGGGAAGAACGAUGACAACGACGACGACGACGACGACGACACGCCAGACUAUCAUACGGCCCUCGACGAGCUGGACUACCUCGAGGGCUUGUUCAAGAAGCUGCGCUUCUCGUACAAGGAGCAGUUGACAAAAGAGACGGUCGUGCGGCGGAUUCUGGAGCUCGAGCUGCCGCUGCUGACCGCCGCCGACAUCGACCGCAUCGUGCAGAGCACCGAAGCCGAGCGGCAGCGGCUGCGCCAGAUCAAGAGCAACGGCCGCGAACAGGGCGCUGCGGCCGAGCGCCUGGUCCGCGACCUGGCGGCCGAGCAGCGGUACCUGGAGAUGGCGGAAGCCGAGACAAUACGCCUGCCGGACCGCGUGCUGCGGCUGAGGCACCGGCUGGCACGCCUGAAACUGGCGCUGCGUGCCGAACUGGACGCGAUCGACCGGGUUAGUUCGGGUGGUGGAGGUGGUGGGAGGACCGCCCCGCCUGCAGCCUUCAGCUAUCCGUGCACCACGUGCGGCCGCAGCUUCUACUCGGAGGCGUUCCACCAGCUGCACCAGGCCAUGCACGGCUUGGAGAAGGGCCCGAGCGCCUCCAAGAACGAGGCGACCGACGUUGUCGAUUUUGGCGACGAGGCCGCAGCAGCAGCGGCCACGUCUGCGACGGCCAUGCGGCGGUGCCACGGCUGCAGCCAGAUGGUGCCGGCCCUGUUUCUGGACAGCGCGCCGCCCAAGGGCGAGUCGCACAAGGCCUUCCACGUGCGCAUCCAAAAGGCCACGGCCGAGGCACACCAGCAGCUGGCGGCCGCCUCGACAACGUCGGCAUCGACACCGGGCCAUGCGAUUGUGACGGACACUGGCAAUGGCAGCAGGCUCGACCUCACACCGCAGGCCGAGACCGAAGAGGCCGUACGCCAGCUCCAGCGCAGCGAAGCGGACUUGGCAGCCCUGGAGAAGCGCGUUCGGGCCGAGGCCGAGCGGCAGACAGCAAUUGAGGGCGAGAUGACGCAGUCGCUGCAGCACUUGCGUGAGUCGGUGGGCAGCAUCCGGCUCGAGAUGGCGCGCAUCGAGCAGGAGGCCGACCGCAUGGUGCAGUACAUUGAAGAGGGUCGAACUUACUUGGGGCGGUCACUGCAAGAGCAGACAGAUUUGUUUGAUGUAUUGUUGUUGGGCGAAAAUGACGAGGAUGACGACGGGGAUAGUGAUGAAGAGAUGCAGGACUAG